AUGCCCACUGUCAGCCUCCUCCCGUUGCUCUUCCUUGCCAUGGGGGGAGCCUUGGGUGGCAGCAGGCCCUUCACUGCCUUCUCGGUGACAGAUACCACGCUCACCCACCUUGCUGUGCACCGGGUGACUGGGGAGGUAUUUGUGGGUGCAGUGAACCGAGUCUUCAAGCUGGCCCCCAACCUGACCGAGCUACGGGCCCACGUCACAGGGCCUGUUGAGGACAAUGCUCGCUGCUACCCACCCCCCAGUAUGCGUGUGUGCACCCACCGCCUGGCACCUGUGGACAAUGUGAACAAGCUGCUUCUCAUAGACUACGCUGCCCGCCGCUUGGUGGCCUGUGGCAGCAUCUGGCAAGGCAUCUGCCAGUUUCUGCGCCUGGAUGACCUCUUCAAGCUGGGUGAGCCCCACCACCGAAAGGAGCACUAUCUAUCAGGGGCCCAGGAGCCCGACUCCAUGGCCGGUGUCAUCGUGGAACAGGGCCAGGGGCCCAGCAAGCUGUUUGUGGGUACCGCCGUGGAUGGCAAGUCUGAGUACUUCCCCACUCUGAGCUCCCGCAAGCUCAUCAGUGAUGAGGACAGUGCCGACAUGUUUAGUCUGGUGUACCAGGAUGAGUUUGUCUCCUCACAGAUCAAGAUUCCCUCAGACACCCUGUCCUUGUACCCCGCCUUUGAUAUCUACUACAUCUACGGCUUUGUGAGUGCCUCCUUCGUGUACUUCCUGACACUGCAGCUGGACACCCAGCAGACGCUGCUGGACACAGCGGGCGAGAAAUUCUUCACAUCCAAGAUCGUGCGCAUGUGCGCAGGGGACUCAGAGUUCUACUCAUACGUGGAGUUUCCCAUCGGCUGCUCCUGGCGCGGCGUGGAGUACCGCUUAGUGCAGAGUGCCCACCUGGCCAAGCCCGGCCUGCUGUUGGCCCAGGCCCUGGGUGUGCCGGCUGAUGAGGACAUCCUCUUUACUGUCUUCUCUCAGGGCCAGAAGAACCGGGCAAGCCCGCCCCGGCAGACCGUCCUCUGCCUCUUUACCCUUAGCACCAUCAACGCCCACAUCCGGCGCCGUAUCCAGUCCUGCUAUCGAGGGGAAGGCACACUGGCCCUCCCCUGGCUGCUCAACAAGGAGCUGCCCUGCAUCAAUACUCCCAUGCAGAUAAAUGGAAACUUCUGCGGGCUGGUGUUGAACCAGCCACUGGGCGGCCUGCAUGUGAUUGAAGGGCUGCCCCUGCUGGCCGACAGUACUGAUGGCAUGGCCAGUGUGGCUGCCUACACCUACCACCAGCACUCCGUGGUGUUCAUCGGCACGCGCAGCGGCAGUCUGAAGAAGGUACGAGUCGAUGGCUCCCAGGAUGCCCACCUGUACGAGACAGUGCCUGUGGUGGAUGGCAGCCCCAUACUUCGAGACCUGCUCUUCAGCCCUGACCACCGGCACAUCUACCUCCUGAGUGAGAAGCAGGUGAGCCAGCUCCCAGUGGAGACAUGCGAGCAGUACGUGAGCUGCGCAGCCUGCCUGGGCUCCGGGGACCCGCACUGUGGCUGGUGUGUGCUGCAGCACAGAUGCUGUCGAGAAGGGGCCUGUCCAGGUGCCUCAGCCCCACAUGGCUUUGCCGAGGAACUGAGCAAGUGUGUCCAGGUGCGGGUCCGGCCCAACAACGUGUCAGUGACAUCGCCUGGGGUGCAGCUGACUGUGGCCAUGCGUAAUGUGCCCGACCUCAGCGCAGGCGUGAGCUGUGCCUUUGAGGAGGUGACGGAGAACGAGGCCGUCCUGCUGCCCUCUGGGGAGUUGCGCUGCCCCUCGCCUUCUCUCCAGGAGCUCCGGGCUCUCACCAGGGGGCAUGGGGCCACCCGCACCGUGCGGCUGCAGCUGCUCUCCAAGGAGACUGGUGUGAGGUUCGCCGGGACUGACUUUGUCUUUUACAACUGCAGCGUCCUCCAGUCGUGCAUGUCCUGCGUUGGCAGCCCUUACCCCUGCCACUGGUGUAAGUACCGCCAUGUGUGUACCGGCCACCCCCACGAGUGCUCCUUCCAGGAAGGCAGGGUCCACAGCCCUGAGGGCUGUCCUGAGAUCCUGCCCAGCGGGGACCUCCUGAUCCCUGUUGGCGUCAUGCAGCCUCUUACCCUGCGGGCCAAGAACCUGCCACAGCCCCAGUCAGGCCAGAAGAACUACGAGUGUGUAGUGCGAGUGCAGGGGCGGCAGCAGCGGGUGCCCGCCGUGCGCUUCAACAGCAGCAGCGUGCAGUGCCAGAACGCCUCGUACUCCUAUGAAGGUGAUGAGUAUGGUGACACCGAGCUGGACUUCUCUGUGGUCUGGGACGGAGAUUUCCCCAUCGACAAGCCUGCCACCUUCCGAGCUCUUCUGUACAAGUGCUGGGCACAGAGACCCAGCUGCGGCCUCUGCCUCAAGGCCGACCCCCGCUUCAACUGCGGCUGGUGCGUCUCGGAGCACAGGUGCCAGCUGCGGGCCCACUGUCCAGCUCCCAAGACCAACUGGAUGCACCCAAGCCAGAAGGGCACGCGCUGCAGCCACCCCCGCAUUGCCCAGAUCCACCCACUCAUGGGGCCCAAGGAGGGAGGCACCCGAGUCACCAUUGUGGGUGAGAACCUGGGCCUCACCUACCGAGAGGUGGGCCUUCGGGUGGCCGGUGUGCGCUGCAACUCCAUCCCCGCUGAGUACAUCAGCGCCGAGAGGAUCGUGUGUGAGAUGGAGGAGUCGCUGGUGCCCAGUCCACCGCCGGGGCCUGUGGAGCUUUGUGUAGGCGACUGUUCUGCUGACUUCCGAACACAGUCAGAGCAGCUCUAUAGCUUUGUGACCCCAACGUUUGACCGUGUGAGUCCCAGUCGGGGCCCGGCUUCCGGGGGCACGAGGCUCACCAUCUCUGGAAACUCUCUAGAUGCCGGCAGCAGGGUCACAGUGAUCAUGAGAGAUGGCGAGUGCCAGUUUGUGAGGAGGGAUGCCGAAGCAAUCGUGUGUAUCUCGCCUGUUUCCACCCUGGGCCCCAGCCAGGCCCCCAUCACCCUGGCCAUUGACCGUGCCAACAUCUCCAGCCCCGGAGUUCUCUACACCUACACCCAGGACCCCACUGUCACUCACCUGGAGCCCACCUGGAGUAUCAUCAAUGGAAGCACCGCCAUCACUGUAAGUGGGACCCACCUGCUGACGGUCCAAGAGCCCCGGGUCCGGGCCAAGUACCGAGGCAUCGAGACCACGAAUACGUGCCAGGUUAUCAACGAUACCGCCAUGCUGUGUAAGGCCCCUGGCAUCUUCCUGGGGCGGCCCCAGCCGCGGGCCCAGGGCGAACACCCUGAUGAGUUUGGCUUCCUGCUAGACCAUGUGCAGACAGCCCGCUCCCUCAACCGGUCGUCCUUCACCUACUACCCCGACCCCAGCUUUGAGCCACUUGGACCCUCCGGUGUUCUGGAUGUCAAACCUGGCUCCCACGUAGUGUUGAAGGGCAAGAAUCUGAUCCCUGUGGCAGCUGGCAGCUCCCGCCUCAACUACACCGUGCUGAUCGGGGGCCAGCCGUGUGCGCUCACCGUCUCAGACACGCAACUCCUGUGUGACUCGCCCAGUCAGACAGGCCGGCAGCCUGUCAUGGUGCUGGUGGGCGGCCUGGAGUUCUGGCUGGGCACCCUACACAUCACGGCCGAGCGGGCACUGACCUUGCCAGCCAUGGUGGGACUGGCAGCAGGGGGCGGGCUCUUGCUGCUGGCCAUCACCGCCGUGCUGGUCGCCUACAAGCGCAAAACUCAGGAUGCAGACCGCACGCUCAAGCGGCUCCAACUCCAGAUGGACAAUUUGGAGUCCCGCGUGGCUCUGGAAUGCAAGGAAGCCUUUGCUGAGCUGCAGACAGACAUCAACGAGCUGACAAACCAUAUGGAUGUGGUGCAGAUCCCUUUCCUAGACUACCGGACCUAUGCCGUGCGCGUGCUCUUCCCAGGCAUUGAGGCUCACCCAGUGCUCAAGGAGCUGGACGUGAGCCUCCUACCUCGCUUGCCUACUCCCCAUCGUCCCCACGGCCAGUGCCCCACUUCUGACACGCUCUGUCCCUCACAGAGCCCGCCCAAUGUCGAGAAGGCUCUGCGGCUCUUUGGGCAGCUGCUGCAUAGCCGCGCCUUCGUGCUCACCUUCAUCCACACACUGGAGGCCCAGAGCAGCUUCUCCAUGCGUGAUCGUGGCACGGUGGCCUCCCUCACCAUGGUGGCCCUGCAGAGCCGCCUCGAUUACGCCACAGGGCUGCUCAAGCAACUGCUGGCAGACCUCAUAGAGAAGAACCUUGAGAGCAAGAACCACCCAAAGCUGUUACUGCGCAGGACGGAGUCAGUGGCUGAGAAGAUGCUUACCAACUGGUUUACAUUCCUGCUGCAUAAGUUUCUGAAGGAGUGCGCCGGAGAGCCGCUUUUCCUGCUCUACUGCGCCAUCAAGCAACAGAUGGAGAAGGGCCCCAUCGACGCCAUCACAGGUGAGGCGCGCUACUCCCUGAGUGAGGAUAAGCUCAUCCGGCAGCAGAUUGACUACAAGACGCUGACCCUGUACUGUGUGUGCCCGGAGAGCGAGGGCAGCACUCAGGUCCCGGUGAAGGUUCUCAACUGCGACAGCAUCACCCAGGCUAAAGACAAGCUGCUGGAUGCUGUCUACAAGGGCAUUCCAUACUCCCAGCGUCCCAAAGCUGAGGACAUGGAUCUAGAGUGGCGCCAGGGCCGCAUGGCCCGCAUCAUCCUCCAGGAUGAGGACGUCACCACUAAGAUCGAGUGUGACUGGAAGAGGGUCAACUCGCUGGCCCACUACCAGGUAACAGAUGGUUCCUUGGUGGCACUGGUUCCCAAGCAAGUGUCUGCCUAUAACAUGGCCAACUCCUUCACCUUCACCCGCUCCCUCAGCCGCUAUGAGAGCUUGCUCCGCACAGCCAGCAGCCCUGACAGCCUCCGCUCUCGGGCACCCAUGAUCACACCUGACCAGGAGACGGGCACCAAGCUGUGGCACCUGGUGAAGAACCACGACCACGCCGACCACCGCGAGGGGGACCGUGGCAGCAAGAUGGUCUCAGAGAUCUACCUGACACGGCUGUUGGCCACCAAGGGCACGCUGCAGAAGUUUGUGGACGACCUCUUUGAGACCGUGUUUAGCACGGCGCACCGGGGCUCUGCCCUGCCCUUGGCCAUCAAGUACAUGUUUGACUUCCUGGACGAGCAGGCCGACCAGCACCAGAUCAGUGACCCUGACGUACGCCAUACCUGGAAGAGCAACUGCCUGCCCCUGCGCUUCUGGGUGAAUGUGAUCAAGAAUCCGCAGUUUGUGUUCGACAUCCACAAGAGCAGCAUCACGGACGCCUGCUUGUCAGUGGUGGCCCAGACCUUCAUGGACUCUUGCUCCACAUCCGAGCACCGCCUGGGCAAGGACUCGCCCUCCAAUAAGCUGCUCUAUGCCAAGGACAUCCCAAACUACAAGAGUUGGGUGGAGAGGUACUACCGGGACAUCGCAAAGAUGGCAUCCAUCAGUGACCAGGACAUGGAUGCCUACCUGGUGGAACAGUCCCGCCUCCAUGCCAGUGACUUCAGUGUCCUAAGCGCGCUCAGCGAGCUCUACUUCUAUGUCACCAAGUACCGCCAGGAGGUUCUCACCGCUCUGGACAGAGACGUCUCUUGUCGGAAGCAUAAAUUGCGCCAGAAGCUGGAACAGAUCAUCAGCCUCAUGUCCAGCAACAGCUAAGGGUAGCAGAACCGGUGAGGAGGAGGCUUCUCAGUCCUGGGCCAUCCUCCUGUCAAGGAGGGGGUGGGCUCACGCCUGGGUCUCAGGGCUGAGCCCGGGAUUGGGUGGCAUAGGUGAGGUCACCAGGCCAAAAUGCCCCCAACACACCUGGGCCCCCGUCAUUAGUGCCUUGCUUUGGGCCCUGCAGGCAGGGAGGGGGUGACAGGACCAAGCCCCCCCGACCCCAGCAGCAGCAACGCCCCCAGCCUCCUGCCCUUGCGCCCGGGUGUUGUGACAGCCCCUGCCCUCCUUGCUAUUUAUACCCCCAACCGCCUAUUUAUUUAAUUUAUCUCCACCUCACCCUCUCUAUUUGUAAAUAUGUGUCCCCCUCCCCGGGAUGUCGCUAACCUCAUUCACCUCUCCUUGAGUCGUCCUGACUCCCUUGAGACACUGUCAGCCUUGGCCUAGCUUCUGGCACCUCAUCCUUGCCAUGGCUGACCCCACCCGUUCCAAGAAGGGGACCUUGGCACCAGCAGCACUGGGAGUGGGGCGAUGCACCUGAAGCUGCCCUCCGACCGUGGCUGUGCCAGGGGUUCCCCCUGUAGCUGCGCCACAGCGUCCAUCUCCACACUCCUUGGGAGUUGGACCGUGCAUUCUCACGGGGCCCUGUUCUCUCCGUGCACCUGGAGAGCUGGAACUAGACGUGUUCCGGGGCCUGACCUGGUCCUGGGGGCCCCAGAACUCCCCUUCUCCUGGCCCUACUGCCAAACUUCCUCAGUGUUGUCUGCACUUGCCUUGGAUCCCCUCAUCCUCAGCUGCCCUGUCCUGCGCCCGCCCCAAGGGGCUGAGGCGGCAGUGCCUUACUCCUUUGUUCUUCUGCCUCUUCUGAGGAAUCUGACCCCG